AUUGAGUUGCAUCGCCGCACCAAUCAGGAAGCUGCUUGUCGCCCAUUGGUCGGAACUGGCUACCUCUAUAUGGCAUAUAAAGGAUGCUGAAAGCAUUCAGGUACAUUCAUUCUCAAUCGCUCGAGGUUGAAACUUUCUCUCUUCAUAGCAAUUCGAUUUUCUGUUGUCAAACUGCAAAAAUGUCUGGCCGUGGAAAAGGUGGCAAAUCAAGGUCGAAGGCGAAGUCGUCCCGUUCUUCAAAAGCUGGACUUCAAUUUCCCGUUGGACGGAUUCACCGACUUCUAAGGAAAGGCAAUUAUGCUGAACGUGUUGGAGCCGGCGCUCCAGUAUAUUUGGCUGCAGUUAUGGAAUACUUAGCUGCUGAAGUUUUGGAAUUGACCGGCAAUGCAGCUAGAGAUAACAAGAAGUCCAGGAUCAUCCCACGUCAUGUACAACUUGCAAUUCGUAACGACGAAGAAUUGAACAGAUUGUUGUCUGGGGUUACCAUCAUUCAAGGAGGUGUCCUGCCAAAUAUUCAAGCAGCUCUUUUGCCCAAAAAGACUGACAAGAAGGCAUAAAGCAUCUUUCCAAAAUGGCCCUUUUUAGGGCCACAAA